CGAUGGCAACAAGCUGCUCACAGCCGAGGAUGUAGACGAUGUCGUGUGCGCCGAACUGCCAGACCCAGCAGACGAGAACAAUCAGAGACUGUUCACAGCUGUGACGAGUCACAUGAUACACGGACCAUGUGGGCAACUGAACCGCAACAGUCCGUGUAUGGCUGAAGGGAUAUGUCUAAAGAAAUAUCCAAAGGCAUAUAGUGCAGAGACAGUUUACGUUUCUGACGGCGGGUACCCAACGUACCGUCGACGAGACAACGGAAUCGAGGCCCUCGUGAGGGGUCACCAGAUCAGCAACGAGUUUGUAGUUGCCUACAACCCGUACCUGCUGGCCAAGUACGAUGCACACAUCAACGUAGAGGUGUGUUCUACUGUGAAGAGCGUAAAGUAUUUAUACAAAUACGUCUUCAAAGGCCACGACAUGGCUACAGUAGAAGUCCAAGACAGAAAUGAAAUUGAAAAACUGAGAGACGAGGACCGCGCGAGGGCCGCGUGCCUGGACGCCAUCGGGCGGCUGCUGCAGGGUCACGGUAAAACGCUGGCCGACUACGGGUUGCCGAAUCCGGACGUCGCGCUGCUCGAAGAGGACGCGGGCGGAGACGUCUACGCCUUCGUCGACGCAGUGGUGCGUUGGACCCUGCAGUUGGACAACCUCAACGACGAACAGCGGGCGGUUUACGACCGCGUGAUGGCGGCCGUCGACGACAACCGCGACGUCCCGAAAUUGUUCUACGUCGACGGGCCCGGAGGUACGGGGAAAACGACGCUUUACGGCUGCCUAAUAUGGUCGCUCCGCAACAUGGCCAGAUCCGUGUUGUCCGUGGCGUUCACGGGAAUAGCGGCGACGCUCAUGGACGGUGGUAUGACCGUUCACUCGACGUUCGGUUUGCCCUUCGGUACGCUCAACGAAGAUUCUACGUCGUCAAUCGCCAUGCAGUCUCUGCGCGCGCGUAGGAUACGCGAGGCGGCACUCAUCGUCUGGGACGAAGCGCCCAUGUCUCCGGGGCUCCAACUGACGGUGGUCGACCGGUUGCUGAAGGACAUAAUGCAAUCGGAACUACCGUUCGGUGGUAAGACGGUUCUAUUCGCGGGUGACUUCAGACAGAUACUGCCGGUGGUCCGCAGGGGGACGAGGGCCGCGAUCGUGGCGGCUUCAAUCAGGCACCACCAUCUGUGGGACGUCUUCGAGCGUUUCAGCCUGACGCAAAACAUGCGGGCCAACAACGACGCGGACUUUGCCGCCUGGUUGCUUCAACUCGGCAACGGCCAGCUGCCCGCGGUCGACGGAAAUGUGAACACCGUCGAAAUCCCCAGGAAUAUGGUAUGUGACAUAGCUAAUUUGAUUGAUUUUGUUUACCCGCAGCAAAUGUCGUUGGCUAACGUCGACGAAUUUGCUCGGAAAAUUAUUCUCUGUCCCCGGAACGAGGAUUGUAGACAGGUCAAUCGCACGGUGCUGCAACGCGUCACGGGUGCCGCGAGAACCUACACCGCCAUAGACACGGUGGUGGCGGACGACGUGGACGAGAUUGCCAACUACCCGACCGAGUUUUUGAACUCGCUGGAGCCCGACGGACUUCCUCCGUACAGGCUGACGCUGGUGGUCGGUUCCGUGGUCAUGCUGCUGCGGAACCUCGAUCCGAAAAUCAGACUGUGCAACGGAACAAGGUUAGUGGUUACGGAACUGAGGCGCAACAACUUCAAAGCGAGGUUGUUGGCGGACGCGGGGGAAGGGCAGGACGACAUCGUCAUCCCCAGGAUACCGCUGUCGUCCAGCGGAGACGACGACCUGCCCUUCACCAUGCGUCGGGUUCAGUUCCCG